AUGCAAGCGGGCCCCAAAUCCCUCCUUGCCCAACUCGAAGAAACGACUUCCAACCGUUUCGUCGACCGAGACCCCGAUUAUUUCUCUCUCUUCCUCUCCCUCCUCCGCUCUGGUGCCCUUCCUUCCAAAGUCAAAGACUUUGGCCUCCGCGACCUCAUCGAAGCAUCCAGAUUCUAUGGCCUUGAGUCCCUUUUGACCAACUCUUUGACCAACCCUUCCCACUUUGACGCUUUUGCCCUCCAACGAUGGUUGAUAGUACCCUUGAACCGCCGCGACUCCCCUUCCGCCAUUGCAACGACGCCGUUUGGUUCCUUGCAUGUUUCCCACGGUAGCAAGAUCGCGUCUUUCGAUUGGUCGUUGACUAGAAAGUCAACAAUUUUGACCCAAUCCACUGCCAUGGAUUCCUUACUUGCAAUAUCCAGUGAUAUCGUGGCGGCCGUUGCAACCGACAUAUCGGGGCUCCAUAUUCUUGAUCUCCAAAACGGGUCCAUCAAACAAAUUUGGUUCUUGGUGAUUGAAUUGAUAUCAACAAUUGAUACUUUUUAUGGCUUCAAGUUCUCAGCUGGCCUUGGUGUACAUGGCAUUGAAGGGUUGACAAUGUCGGGAAAUUGCAGUGAUCGGCCUUGUAGCCUAAUCUUGUCCUCGCAAACAUCACUUCAAAUGCUUUAG